AGUAGAUAGCAGGUUCGCGUGGGCACCGAGUCCUCGGUUUCCCGCUGAAUAGUCAGAGGGCGACAGAUAAUUACAACUGGAAGCGAGAAAAUGGAAAAGCAAAAGCCUUUCACGUUGUUUGUGCCACCAAGAUUGAGUAGCAGUCAAGUAUCUGCAGUGAAACCUCAGAGUUUGGGAGAUUCUAAUUUCUUCAAGAGUUUCGACAAAUGUAUUGAAGAUGAUUUUAGUUUUCCAUUUGCAAUGACUAAUCUCUCAAAAAAUGGGGAAAGCAUUGAUUCAGAUCCUGCUUUACAAAAAGUUACGGUUUUGCCCAUGCUCGAACAGGUUGAUAACACUGACAGUUGUCAGUACCAGGAAGGCCUAAAAGACUCUGAUUUUGAGAGUGCAGAGCCAAUGAGCAGACUGUAUUCAAAACUGUAUAAGGAGGCUGAAAAGAUCAAGAAGUGGAAAGUGGAUAUAGACUCUGAAUUGAAGCAGAAAGAAAAUAAGUUGCAAGAAAAUAGAAAGAUAAUUGAAGCACAGCGGAAAGCCAUUCAAGAACUACAGUUUGAAAAUGAAAAAAUAAGUUUGAAAUUAGAAGAACGAAUUCAAGAAAAUAAAGAUUUAAUAAAAGAGAAUAAUGCUACAAGGAAUUUAUGUAAUUUACUCAAAGAAACCUGUGCCAGAUCUGGAGAAAAGACAAAGAAAUAUGAAUACGAACGGGAAGAAACUAGGCAAGUAUAUGUGGAUCUAAAUAAUAACAUUGAGAAAAUGAUAAUAGCUUUUGAGGAACUUCGUGGACAGGCUGAGAAUUCCAGAUUGGAAAUGCAUUUUAAAUUAAAGGAAGAUUAUGAAAAAAUCCAGCACCUUGAAGAAGAAUAUAAGAAGGAAGUAAAUGACAAGGAAAAGCAGGUAUCACUACUAUUGGUCCAAAAUACUGAGAAAGAAAAUGAAAUGAAAGAUUUAGUAUUUCUGCUAGAGGAAUCCAGAGAUAAAGUUAAUCAAUUAGAGGAAAAGACAAAAUUACAGAAUGAAGACUUAAAAGAAUCAAAAAAACAGCAGGAACAUUUGACAUCAGAACUAGAAGAUACUAAAAUGUCUUUGCAAAGAAGUGUGAUUACUCAGAAGGCUUUAGAGGAAGAUUUACAGGUAGCAACAAAAAAAAUAUACCAGCUCACUGGAGAAAAAGAAAUGCAAAUGGAAGAAUUUAAUAAAGCUAAAGCUGCUCAUUCAUUUGUGGUUACUGAACUUAAAACUUCUGUCUGCAGCUUGAAAGAAUUGUUGAUAAAAGAACAGCAAAGAUUUGAAAAGAGUGAAGAUCAAUUGACAAUAGCUACUGUGGAGCUUCAGCAGAAGUCAAGUGAACUUGAAGAGAUGACUAAGCUUAAAAAUAACAAAGAAGUAGAACUUGAAGAAUUGAAGAACAUCUUGGCAGAAAACCAAAAGCUUUUGGAUGAAAAGAAACAAUUUGAGAAGAUUGCUGAAGAAUUAAAAGGAACACAACAAGAACUAACUGGUCUUCUCCAAAUCAGAGAGAAAAAAGUGAAUGAUUUGGAAGUACAGUUAACUGCCAUUGUGACAAGUGAACAACAUUAUUCCAAACAGGUUAAAGAGCUGAAAACUGAACUUGAAAAUGAGAAGCUUAAGGCUUCUGAACUAAACUCAAGCUGCAACAGGCUUUCACUGGAGAACAAAGAAUUAACACAAGAAACAAGUGAAAUGGCCCUACAACUCAAAAAACAGCAAGAAGAUAUUGAUAAUAGCAAAAAACAAGAAGAACGGAUGUUGAAACAAAUAGAAAAUAUGGAAGAAACUGAAAAACAAUUAAGGAGUGAACUAGAAUCUGUGAGAGAAGAACUAAAGCAGAAAGGAGAUGAAGUUAAAUGUAAAUUGGACAAGAGUGAAGAAAAUGCUCGCAGCAUUGAAUGUGAAGUUUUAAAAAAAGAUAAACAAGUGAAGAUAUUAGAAAACAAGUGUAACAAUUUAAGGAAACAAGUUGAAAAUAAAAGCAAGUAUAUUGAAGAACUCCAGCAAGAGAAUAAGGCCUUAAAAAAAAAGGAUGCAGCAGAAAGCAAGCAACUGAAUAUUUAUGAGCUAAAGGUCAAUAAAUUAGGGUUAGAACUAGAAAUUGCCAAACAAAAAUGUAAGGAAAUGACUGACAUCUAUCAAAAAGAAAUUAAAGACAAACAGACAUCAGAAGAAAAUCUUUUGAAAGAGGUUGAGAAAGCAAAAAAAAUAGCUGAUGAAGCAGUAAAAUUACAGAAAGAAAUUGAUAAACGAUGUCAACAUAAAAUAGCUGAAAUGGUAGCACUUAUGGAAAAACAUAAGCACCACUAUGAUAAAAUAGUUGAAGAAAGAGACUCAGAAUUAGGACUUUAUAAAAGCAAAGAACAAGAACAGUCAUCAAUGAAGGCAUCUUUGGAGACUGAACUAUCUAAUUUCAAAAAUGAACUUUUGUCUGUUAAGAAACAACUUGAAAUAGAAAGAGAAGAAAAGGAAAAACUCAAAAAAGAGACCAAAGAAAACACAGUUCCUCUCAAAGAAAAAAUAGACAAGAAAACACAGACAUCUUUAUUGGAAACACCUGAAACUCGUUAUUGGAAGUUUGAUUCUAAAGCAGCUGCUUCACAAAAUAUAUCCAGAAACAUCACAUCGGUGGACAGUGGCAAAUCCAAAGACAAAAGAGACUAUUUGUGGACAUCUGCCAAAAGUACUUUAUCUACUCCAUUGCCAAAGGCAUAUACUGUGAAGACACCAACGAAACUAAAAAUUCAGCAAACAAAAAGCAAGAAUAUACCCACUGAAGAAAGUAACAAAAAGAGAAAAAUGGUCUUUGAUUUUGAUAUUAACUCGGAUAGUUCAGAAACUACUGAUCUUUUGGGUAUGGUUGCAGAAGAAGAGAUGUUGAAAAAAAUUUACAAGAAUAAUAAUCCACCAACUUCUCAUCUUUGUGUCAGAACACCAAAACAGACCCGUUCAUCUCUAACAAGCCCCGGAUCCACACUGAAGUUUGGAGCUAUGAGGAAAAUGAGGGAAGAUCGUUGGGCUGUAAUUGCCAAAAUGGAUAGGAAGAAAAAACUAAAGGAUGCAGAAAAGCUAUUUGUUUAAUUUCAGAAAAUGAGUGUGAUUAAGGAGCCUAAUAACAUCUUAUUUAUAGUUAAUUUAAAAUGUUUAUUUUUUGAGGAGCUAAACAUUUUCUGAAAUUGAGACCUUUAUAUUUGCAUAAAUAAUCUUUUUUAAUUUUUAUAUUUCGGCCUACAUUGAAAUACAUGUUGCCCGAAAACUUAUAAUUUAGAUAAUAAGAUGAUUAUAUUUAUUUUGUUUUCAUCUUUUCUUGUAUUCAUGAAAACUGUUUUAGCUAAGUUUUCAAAUUUGUAAAGUUAUCCAUUAAAUGUUAGGAACACAUUGAGAUUUACUCUUUAUUCUUUACUAUUAAAGUAUUUUGGA